UCCAAAUUCCCUCUGCUGCCCGUGGCUGCCUUUUGCCGGGGUGGGCAGAUUCGGGAAGCCCUGAAGGCCUGAUACCUCGACCCCUCCCCCUCCUUGUUUCCCGCACAUGCAUCUUUCACCUGCGGUCGCUUUUGAAGGCAGCCUUCGUCCAGAUUCCGAGCGACCAAGAGAGGGAAACCUUAAUAAAAGCGCCUCGGGGAGUUCUCCUGUGUUCCAGGUUCCUCUUGCCGUCAUCCACCGUCUUGCGAAAUUUUUUUUCCUCGAGUGAGACAGACAAGCGAAAUUUGUUCCUGCCCAAGGAUAUUUUUAAAGCGUUUCACUUAUACCUGCGCCCAAACCGGCAUUCCUCGCUCGGCUGCAGCCCACAUUUACCCCCUUGACUUCUGCGCCCACACUUUUUUUCUCCUCGCAGAUAUACCGAGCUCUCCCAGUUGGGCACUGCUGCAGCGCCGCCGUCGAAUCAGCACACAACACAUCUUGGAUUUUUGGCUGCUUUAGCUCCUCUCCUCAUACCAUCGCGUCUGCCGACAUGAGCGUCAAGUUCCGCCGGGCCUCACCUACGGGGGGCUACGAGCAUCAGCGAAGCGACUCGGGGUUCAGCGACUGCGAGAGCCAUGCAUCCAAUGCCGAUCGUGGCUACCUCGAGGACCAGGGCAUCUACAGCAUCCGAAAAGCUCUCGAAACCACGCGCCAGGAGCGCGACGACUGGCGCAACAAGGCUGCCGACCUUGAAAGCAGCCUGAAGCAGCUCCGCAACGAUCUCGAACAGACCAAGGCCAGGAUGCGCGCCCUCACCAACGAGAACGAAAUCCUCUCUCAGGAGAAGGACUCGCUCACCAAGGCCAACAAGGAGCUCUCUGAACAGAACGCCGAGCUCCAGGAGACGAUCAAGGAGCUGAAGAAGGCCAACCGCAAGAGCAGCGGCGCCUCGUCGCCCUCAGCGACAUCCGAGUCGUCCGACGAGAAGAAGCUGCGCCGCAGCUCCAGCAAGCGGCACAAGGAGUCGUCGGGGAGGACCGAGAAGGAGAAAGGCCGCGACCGAGAGCGCGACCGGGAGCGCGAGAAGGAGCGGGAGAAGGAGCGCGAGCGCGAGCGACGCAAGGAGAAGGAGAAGGAGAAGGCCGCCCAGGAAGAAACCGAGCGACUCCGCAAGCGCUUCGAUACGCGUGGCGAGGAAAGCGACGCCAAGAGCAGCAGCACUUCCACGAGGAGCCAGCGAAGACGCGACAGCUACAUCGAGCCGCUUGGCCACGGCGCGCCACGACCGCAGGUUCCUGUUCCUCCUUCGCCAUCACGGCAGUACCCGGCGUACGCGACCACGACCGCGUCAGCCUACCCAACAGCUUCCGCUUACUCGAGCAUCCGCGAUCCAUUCGUCAGCACCAUUCCGCGGUCUCAUCACCCCGCAGUCUACGUUGCCGAUGAGUACAGCAGCUACGCCGUAGUCGACGACGAAUACGGAGCUCCGCGAUCGACCCGGCACGCGAGGUAA